AUGCCCGCCACCACCUACCCAACCUGGCCCACGCCCACCGACAACAUAUACUCCACCACCACAGACGACCAGCUCGAGACCGAAAACGACAUACACGACCUCUUUGCAAAGCACCGCCACCCCUCGCUCAACCACCGUCACCCCUCGUCCUCAUCCCCCUCCUCGACCCAAGGCCGCCUCCCCAACCCCUGGCACCAAGAUCCGCCAUCGGCCACAAACACCUCCCAGAACAACCCUCAAGAUGGCACUCCCACCCCGCACGACGCACCCGCACCCAUCCCGCCGCUCAACCGCCAGGCCCACCUCAACUUCCUCAUCAAGCAGAUCGACCCGCUCCCCGCCUCGUUUGUCGGCUUCGACACAAACAGGGCAUGGCUCCUCUACUGGAUCCUCCACUCUUACGACCUCCUCUCGGCCACCCUCGACGCCAGCGGCAGGGCACGCGCCAUCGCGACCCUCGUCUCCUUCCAAAACACCCUCACCGGCGGCUUCGGCGGCGGGCCAGACCAGAUCCCACACCUCAUGAGCACCUUUGCCGCCGUCCUCGCGCUCGCAACCAUCGGCGGCCCCGGUCCCUGCCCGGACGCCGACGACGUGCGCAAGGGAAAGAGCAUCGAGAUCGGCAAGGGAGGAUGGGACGCCAUCGACCGCCAGAAAAUGUACCGCUGGAUGCUCUCGCUCAAACAGCCCGACGGCUCCUUUCUCGUCCACGAAAACGGCGAGGUCGACGUCCGGGCUUCCUACUGCGUCGUCACCGUGUCCACCCUCCUCGGCAUCUGCACGCCCCAGCUCGUGCGCGGACUUGGCGACUUCAUCGCCAGCUGCCAGACCUACGAGGGCGGACUCGCCGCCGGAUCGCAGCCCCAGUACGCCUACCACGCGGCUGCGACCUCGACAGCGGCGACGGGCCAAAUUCCCUACCUGCCGGAUCCGCACGCCUACCGCCCGCAGCUGGGCGAGGCCCACGGCGGCUACGCCUACUGCGCGCUCGCCACCCACCUCGCCCUAUCUCGCCUGCCCUACUGCGGCGACGGUCCCAUCCUCCCCUCGCCCUCGCCCUCGCCCUCGCCGGCGCUGGCGCCGUCGGCAACGACGACGAAAACGACGAAGACGAGCUCGGCGGGCGACCUCGACGUGCCGCGGCUGGUGCGCUGGGCGACGUCGCUGCAGGGCGUGCCCAUCGAGGGCGGCGGCUUCCGCGGACGCACCAACAAGCUCGUCGACGGCUGCUACGGCUGGUUCUGCGGCGGCGGCCUGUUUACCGUCCUCAGCCCCGUCGUCGAAGAGUACGAGCGGCGAACCAAAUCCGCAGGCGUCGCUCACCACGGCCGCGACGGCGACGAAACACCGACGAUGCGGUGGCUCGACAAUGGCAUCGACAGCCUUCCGACCCUGCCGCCACCCGCCGCGGCGAAGACGAAGACGACGCAGGGUGAAGUGCGCUCCGACUCUGAAGAUUCCUGGACGACCGACGAGUCGAUCCCGCACGGUGCCGCUGCCGCUGCCGCUGCCUCUGCCUCUGCUGCCGCCGCUGCAACGGGCUUGGGCAGCGAGGGCGAGGGCGAGGUGGAUCGGGAUCCAGAAGUGCUGUACGACCGGGUAGCGCUGCAGGAGUAUAUCCUGAUCGCGGCGCAGGCGCCCAAGGGCGGGUUGCGGGACAAGCCGGGCAAGCGACCCGACGCCUACCAUACCAACUACAACCUGUCUGGUCUCUCUCUGGCGCAGCACCGGCUCAAACCCAGCGAAGCUACGCGAUCCUCGUUGCUCUCCCUCUGGAAAGAUGGAGGUAUGGGGAAGGAAGAGGAGCGGGGGUGGCGGAAAGAGGUGUACCUCUCUGCCCUAUCUUGGACGUUGGAUCCGCGCGACUCGGUCAUCGUCGCCGGUUCCGACGGCGAGAGGGAGAACAAUACCCUCCAACCCACCCACCCCCUCUUUUCCAUUACCUUCCCAAAGGCCAAGGCGUUUAUGGAUUGGUCGUAUGCUCAGAUGGUCACCAGGUAG